AUGGUAUGGCCGUUCGGACCCUGGAACUCUGAGAGGGAAAAUGAGAAGAAGAGACUCGAAGAAGAGGCGAAGCGGCGGCCUGUAUCAUGGACGGACACAAUAGAUCGCCUUAGAUCAGAUCCUUUCGAUGCAGCACAAUCUUGGGCGCCCGUGGUGCUGUUCCCACUAGCAGGCAUGGCAGCUCUUCAACUCUAUGCGAAUUACCUUCGUCGGAUUCCUGGUUCCGCAUAUGUGCGCCCCAACUUCUUUCGCAAUCGAAGUAUCUAUGGACGGGUUAGCAGCGUUGGUGAUGGAGACAACUUCCAUCUCUUCCACACACCAGGCGGUCGUUCCUUGGGAUGGGGCUGGUUAAGAAAGAUUCCCGAAGCCCGCAAGGACCUCAAAGACCGGACGGCUGAAACAAAGAUCCCGAUCCGCAUCGCUGGUGUCGACGCUCCGGAAUGCGCCCACUUCGGAAAGCCAGCACAACCUUAUUCAGCCGAAGCCCUCGCAUGGCUAAGAAACUACAUCCUCAAACGUAACGUUCGAGCAUAUGUGUGGAGACGGGAUCAGUACGAUCGAAUCGUCGCAACAGUGUAUACCCGACGGUGGUUGUUGCGGAGGGAUGUAGGUCUGGAGAUGAUCAAAGCUGGCAUGGCAACGACAUACGAGGCCAAGCAAGGAGCAGAAUUUGGAGGAAGACAAAAGCUCUACGAGAAGGCCCAAGCUAAAGCGAAACGUAAACGAAAGGGAAUGUGGGCUGGCAAUGCCAAAGAUUUCGAAAGCCCAAGAGCUUACAAGACGAAAUGGGCUGGAACUGACAAGACCGGCACUUGA